AUGAUACAAUUGGAUGUAACAUUUAAACUCAACGAUGUCAUGCGACGUUAUGACAAAAAGAUCAAGAAGAUUUAUCGAUAUAAUUUUACUGUUAAUUUAUAUUUUGUACUUGCUAUUAUUUAUCUUUCUUUUCUUCAGCUUAUUACUUACGGAAUCGCCAGCGCCGGCCUAUUUGCAGCCCUGUACAAAAUUAGACCCUUCGCCAAGUUCACAAAACCGUCUGACGUCCCAUUGCAUUUCAUGCAAUCACGAGUCCCACUCCAGGGAACUGUACGGCACGUGGAACCAAGCUCCACUAGGGUUCUGCUAAUGGUCGAUCAUCGACCUUUGCUGCCUUUUCUCCACUUCAACAGUAAGACUUACUUGCCUGUCAAAAUUGGUGGCGUUAACAUUACAGGCAACGGUGUAAGUUGGUUGCAAACCGUGCUCAAUGAAAAACUCAUCACAUUUGUGCCUAUAGUCAAAGAGAAGGAAUAUUUGGAGUGUGUGGUUGCAAUGCCACAGAAGGAUCAAGACUCGUUAGAGAUUGGCGAGGAACUAGUCAAAUUAGGCCUAGCUACAGUACAUGAACCUUGGACAAAGCUAAAGGAUAAGCAAGUUCUAGCAUAUAAAAAAUCUUUAGCAAACGCGCAAAAGUGGGCAGUACGUAGGAGAAAUGGAUAUUGGCAUUUUGUCAAACAGCCAACUGUUCUAUGGAAGACACAAAUGUUCGUGAUUGACAAAAUGAAAUCAUUGUUGCCUAUGAAUGUAGUGAAACGGCUUGAUCUGUGAGUGUUUGACUUACUUCGACAAUAAACUUUUAGAGUGAUAUAUUUUUUAAUAGUUUGUACAAGAGAGA